AUGUACUCGAGAGCCGCUCGCCAUGGCCUUAAUGGCUCCCUCCCACGGGCUGCCGGUUCCCUGUCAAACACCCAGACGUCUCGACUUACAGACAUCCGGCUCCGGGGCCUGGGGUCUGCCCCCGUGACACCAGCACCCCUCAUCCAGCGGCCAUUCCACUCAAAAUCCGGUGACAGAUCCGUAGCGGACGCCGUCCCAGUCGAGAGGAAAGCCGUCUUCGAGAAGAGACAGGAGCCCUCGCCGUUCGAUGGCGUCCGGGAGCGCAGGGCCAAAGCCGGCAAGCUGAUAGCAGGCGUAGCCGCGGCAUCAGAUAGUGACAUGUUCAAGGCCCCCGUAUGCUGCAACACAUCCACAACGUCCAAUGCAAACAUGCUGACUCUCAUUCGCAGGCCGUCGGCAAACCUCAAGCAAAACGAUGGGACCGCCGCCCGCCACCUCAAGAAGCCCGGCCUCAUCUCCCUCGGUGGCGGACUCCCCUCGAGCGCCUACUUCCCCUUCGCCGAGCUCUCCGUCCGGGUCCCCACGGCCCCGCACUUCUCCGAGGCCGAGACCAUCGCCUCGGGCCAGACGCUCACCGUCGGCAAGUACGACACGCGCGACCCGGACCAGCCCAACGCCGAAUACGACCUCUCCAUCGCCCUCAACUACACCCAGUCCACCGGCUCCGCGCAGAUGAUGCGCUUCGUCACGGAGCACACGGAGCUCGUCUACAACCCGCCCUACGCCGACUGGCAGUGCUGCCAGACCGUCGGCAGCACGGGCGCCCUCGAGCAGACGCUCCGCAUGUUUUGCGACAAGGACCGGAAGGACUCGGUGCUCACCGAGGAGUACAGCUUCUCCACGGCGCUCGAGACCAUCGCGCCGCUCGGCGUCAAGGCCGUCGGCGUCCCCGUCGACGCCGAGGGCCUGCUCCCGGAGGCCAUGGACGAGAUGCUCACGAACUGGGACGCCGAGGCCCGCGGCGGCCGCCGGAAGCCCCACCUGCUCUACACCGUCCCCUCGGGCCAGAACCCCACGGGCGCGACGCAGUCCGCCGCGCGCCGGCGCGCCAUCUACGCCGUGGCGCAGAAGCACGACCUGUACAUCAUCGAGGACGAGCCCUACUACUUCCUCCAGAUGCAGCCCUACACCGGCCCGGACGCGCCCGCGGCGCCCCCGCCGGCCUCCGUGUCCGAGUUCCUGGGCACGCUGAUCCCGUCGCUCCUGAGCAUGGACACGGACGGCCGCGUGCUGCGGAUGGACUCCUUCUCCAAGGUGCUCGUGCCGGGGUCGCGGCUGGGGUGGGUGACGGCGUCGGCGCAGGUCAUUGAGCGCUUCAUCCGCCACGCCGAGGUCGCCAACCAGGGGCCCUCGGGCUUCUCGCAGGUCGCCGUGUGGAAGCUGCUCGACGAGACCUGGGGCCACGAGGGGUACCUGCAGUGGCUCAUGAACCUGCGCAUGGAGUACACGAAGCGCCGCGACUGGCUCCUGGCCGCGUGCGAGAGGCAUCUCCCCCGUGACAUUGUCAGCUGGACGCCGCCUGCUGCCGGCAUGUUUUUGUGGCUAAAGAUUGACCACUCCGCCCACCCCGACGGCCCCUCGCGCCCGCUGCUCGAGGUCGAGGAGGAGAUCUUCAACUCGUGCAUCGACAAGGGCGUCCUCUGCGCCCGCGGCUCGUGGUUUCGCACCGAGCAGGACACACCGCUCAAGGACCUCUUCUUCCGCGCCACGUUCGCGUCGGCCAGUGAGAAGGACAUGGACGAGGCCAUCCAGCGCUUGGGUGCCGCUAUCAAGGGGAGCUUCCAGAUUUCUUGA